AUGAGCCCGAGCGCCUCGAUCUCCAGCUCCCGCAGUCCCAGUACAACGCCCACGCGGAGUCCGAGCGCUUCUAUCACCAGCUCUCGCAGUCCUAGUACGAGCCCGAGCGCCUCGAUCACCAGCUCCCGCAGCCCCAGUACGACGCCCACCUUUAUCGGGCAGCACCACUCCAUCAACCAGUGUCAGCCCGAUUCCGAGUGCGUCGUUGACCCCGAGUGUCACGGCCAGCCGCAGCCCGAGCCCCACUCGCAGCAGCCCCGCCUCCACCAUCAGCCCCACCCGCAGCCCGAGCACUUCGGUCAGCACCAGCCCGAGCGUCUUGGUCACCAGUUCUCGCAGCCCCAGUACGACGCCCACCACCAGCCCGAGCGCCUCGAUUACCAGCUCCCGCAGUCCCAGUGCGACGCCCACCGCCAGCCCGAGCACGUCCACGAGCCCGAGUGUAUCGACCCCGAGUGCAUCAAGUGUCAGUGCGAGCCCCACACGCACCCGCAGCCCGAGUCCUACCCGCAGCCGCAGCCCGAGUCCUACCCGCACCCGCAGCCCCACCCCGUCUAUCAGCCGCAGCCCCAGCACGUCAUCAAGCCUCAUCAGCAGCCCCACCCCGUCCACAAGCCCCACCAACAGCCCGAGUGUAUCGGCCACCACAACCCCAAGCGCCAGCUCCAGCCCGAGCUUCACUCCCAGUGCAAGCGCCAGCGCGUCGUCGAGCGUCAGCACAAGCCCGACCGCUACCACCACCGCCACCCGCAGCCCAAGUGUCACGCCGAGCCGCAGCCCGAGUCCUACCCGCACCCGCAGCCCGAGUCCCACCCGCACCCGCAGCCCGAGUCCCACCCGCACCCGCAGCCCCACUCCGUCCACAAGCCCCACCAACACCCCAAGCGCCAGCUCCAGUCCGAGCGUAUCGGCCACCACAACCCCGAGCACCAGCUCCAGCCCGAGCUUCACUCCCAGUGCAAGCGCCAGCGCGUCGUCGAGCGUCAGCACAAGCCCGACGGCUACCACCACCGCCACCCGCAGCCCAAGCGUCAUGCCAAGCCGCAGCCCGAGUCCCACCCGCACCCGCAGCCCGAGUCCUACCCGCACCCGCAGCCCGAGCCCCACUCCUGUAUCGGCCACCACAACCCCGAGCACCAGCUCCAGCCCGAGCUACACUCCCACUGCAUCAUCGAGCGUCAGCACAAGCCCGACUGCCUCCACCACCGCCAGCCGCAGCCCAAGCGUCACACCCACCGGCACUGUCACACCCACUCGAACCCGCAGCCCGAGCCCUACGCGCACCCGCAGCCCGAGCCCCACCCGCAGCCCCAGUGUCACAACCAUCCCGAGCCCUUCGGCCACAACCAGCCCAAGCGCUUCGAUCACGCUCAGCCCAACUGCGUCCAUCAGCGUUACCCCGAGCCCCACCAGCAGCCCCACCCGCAGCCCCACCCCGUCCACAAGCCCCACCAACAGCCCGACUGCCUCGGCCACUCCUUCGACCACGCGCGUGCGCAUCAUAAGCACUCGCGCCCCGUCGAGAAGUCCAAGCCCAUCGCCUUCGGCGACAGGCACGCGCAGCGCAAGCAUCUCACCCAGCACACCGAGCCGCACCCUCCCGCCAAUCUAGCUUCAAAUAAUGAUGGUGACCAUCAGCGAGAUGCCAAGCAUUCCAGUAGCGUUUUGGGCACCUUCCAACACCAGUUAUUUUGUACACAACGGAACGUAACAUUGGGGGGGGGGUGUUGCAGCUCCGCAAACCCAUGCUACGACUAG